CCGCAGAUACUGAGUAGAGCGUGACUUAACCGGCUAUCAUGGAGCAAGGACAUGAAGUCCACAUCCUGCAAGUAGUGUGGACCUUGAUGCUGCUCAGCGCUGCCCAAGCACAACUAAAGUGGCUCACCAGACCGCAGCACACAGUGGUCGCCCUCAGCCAGGACCUGGUCUUGGACUGUCAGGCUGCAGAAGAGGCGCCAUCUGGGGGGAGUCUCAAGUAUACCUGGCUGUUCAACAACAGUACACUGCAAACAAAGGUCCACUUCUUCGCCAACGCAUCCUUGUUUGUGCCUCGGAUGACACCACAGGAUGCGGGCAACUACUCCUGUACAGUGAUGGUGGACAACCAACCCCAGGAUAAGAAGAUUUCUGCAGCGGCACAAGUUAUCCUGGCCUAUAUCGAUGACUUCGUCGUUCAUCCCCAGAACACGACAACUGCGCUGGCGACAGACGUGACGCUGACGUGCGUGACAGGCCGCAGCGCCCCCUACCCAGCAGUGUGGUGGGAGAUGGACGACCAGGUGGUGGAGGAUGGCAGGACUGUGGCAGUGACGUAUGGGGCGUACGAUGGCAUCGGGCUGUCCGUGCAGGUCUCCAUGAAAAUGAUUCGCAAGAUGAUGGACGAGAGGGCCAGGGCCUUCAGAUGUGUGGCGAGGAACGUCCUGAUGGGGCAGACGGUGAAAAGUCGACAAGCCGUCGUCUCGGUCCAAGUGACACCCAGCGCUCCACGGAUUAUCUCCUCCGCUCCAGGCGAGGUGAUGGUGGUGCAGCACCAGCAGGUGACCUUUGACUGCAAGGUGCAGAGUUAUCCGCCCUCGCUGAUCCAGUGGUUCAAGAACGAAGAGCCUCUCAACACCAGCGAGCACCAAUGUGACGUCAGCUCCUGCAGCGUGCCGCUUGUCUUGACCAGUGCUGCCGCCGAGGAUGCUGGGAUGUACUCGUGUCGGGCGUCCAACUCGGAGGGCUUUGCUGUGUCCAACACCACGCGGCUUGUCUUUGCAUAUCUUGCACUUGACUUCAAGGUGCAGCCGUCGGACACAAGCGCCUUGGCUGGCAGUGCGGUCACUCUUCACUGCACCCCGCCCGACAGUGUUCCUCCCGCCAAUGUCACGUGGUACAAAAACUUCCUCCCUUUUGCCGAGCGCACGGGUCAGUUCGCUGCCAGUGUGACGACAGACAGUCUGGAAGAGAGAAACCUGUAUUUUGUGUCUGUCCAGGAGAAGGACGCUGGGCAGUACUACUGUGUGGCCAGCAACAACUACACAGUGCCAGGCAGUCGAACCUCCACAGUAGCCAGACUCACUGUCACAGGAUCGCCAUUAAUUACCGAGCCACCCCUGAGUACUCAGGUCGUUAAAGGUUCACUACUGCAUCUGAGAUGUGCAGUUGACUUCAGUGCAGUGACUACAGUUUACUGGCUGUAUGGUGGCCAGAAGAUUGUAUCCUCACAAACAGUUUCUUUGACUAACCGUGGGCAGGAUCUGUGGGUUUCCAAUGUUGGCAAGUCUUGGGAAGGAAUUUUCACUUGCAUGGCAGAAAAUUCUCUUGGGCAAAAAUCUGCCACAGCAAUGGUUGUGGUUAUUGUUCCUCCAGUGAAGCUUGAGGACUUAGGAGAGAGACAAGCAAGUGUUGGCAGCACUGUAUUACUCCCAUGCUCUAUCUAUGGUGACCCUACACCUUCAUUAUCAUGGUUCCACAAUGAGCAGCAAAUCUUCAAAAAUGAAAGGAUGACACUGCUACUGGCAGGACUAUACAUUGAUAAAGUAGCUGUCACAGACAGUGGAGACCACGCCUGUCUUGGGAAAAAUAUUGGUGGACAAAUAUGGAGUAAUGGCACUUUGGAUGUCACAGUGCCACCAACAAUUUCAGUGGACACACAGAACAUUAGUGCUGCUGUAAAUCAGUCACUAACCUUGACCUGCAAAGUUGAUGGUCAUCCUUUACCAUCAGUAUAUUGGCUGCACAAUGACUCUUCCAUCUUGGACAGCACAUUUGUGUUUUCUUCUAGAAAUACCUCUCUGACAAUACCAUCUUUCACUUGGUCACUGGCUGGCCAGUACACUUGCAUCGCUAGCAACAUAGAAGGCACAACCAAUGUUGUCCUCAGUGUCACUGCUCAAGCUGCGCCAAAGGUUCUUAGCAUUGUAGGUUCGACACAAGUAAAUGUCAAUACCAAUAUCAACCUCACCUGUGUUUAUCAAGGUGCACCAUCACCUGUGGUGACAUGGUUUUCCUCUGGAAAAAGAAUUAUGUCGUCACUUGAUGGGCGAGUGGGUUUUCCUCAGGUAGACAAGCUGAUGAUUAUGUUUGCUCAGAAGUCUGAUGAAGGGCUGUACACAUGCCUGGCAUCAAAUAUUCUGGGCAACAGCAGCUUCAGUGUCAGAGUCCUAGUCACAGAGCCUCCACGGCCACCAGAGCUGCAGAAGGCUCAGCCUCUCUCUACCAAUUCUGUGCUGCUAAACUGGAAACCUGCAACUCAAAUUCCAGGGACCAUGGUUACUGCCUUUAUCAUCAGAUAUAGAGAUAGGGUUAGCUCAGACAAUUUUCUUUAUCCUGAGAAAAUUUCACCACUAACAGAACAAAAGGAGAUCAGUGGCUUGAGUCCUGGUGUAGAAUACAUCUUCACUGUGUCAGCAGAAAACUCAGCAGGAGAAGGUCCUGCAAGCAACUCACUUGUUGCCAUGACAUUUCCGCUAGGUCCAUCUGUACCCCGCAAUGUGAAAAUAUUGUCUACAACCUCAACAACUGCUGAAGUGUCGUGGGAAAUGCCAGCACAAAGCAAUGGGAACAUCAGGAUAUACCAGCUGCAGUAUCGACCAUAUUUAACUUACACAGGUUUACACAGUUUUUCUUGAAUA